GCAGCCAGUCACUACAACGACAUCAAAUACUGCGCCGCCUUGAGACACUGAACACUCGCCGUGAUGGCCCGCUUACAAGGCGCCCUCGACAACGACAUCCUUAUCAUAACCAGGAAAUUCCUUUCCGAAGGUACGCCACCCAACAUCGACAGUCUGUGGACACGAAUCCAACAAUCCAAUUCGAGCCUUAAGCGCAAACCAAAGAAAGUUCUCCAAUCUAGCCUGGAGCGUGUCCUCGACUUCAUCGGUGUAUUAGGACCCCAGGAAGACUCUGAAGCAGAGAUUGAGCAGCUAUCGACAGAACCAGCACCCGAUAUUAUGAACCGCUCGUUGCGCGGAAGCUUGGCACCUCAGGUUCCCUCGCAGACGAAUGGCGAUGGCCUAAUCUAUCCCCAGAAGCGACAGCGUACGGCGAAUGGAGAACCGUAUCCCAAGCGGACAAAAUCCGACAGGGCUAUGCCAGCCUCUCCACCGUCCAACAUCUCCCUCGAUGACAUCGGUGGGAUGGAUGACGUGGUAUGCCAGAUGAACAAACUCUUGGUCCGCCCUCUACUCUACAACGAGGAGUACGCCGACCUUCACGUUCCUACGCCGCGCGGUUUACUCCUUCAUGGCCCGCCCGGCUGCGGCAAGACCAUGAUCUCCCGCGCCUACGCAGCGCACAUGCACUUGCCGCUCAUAGAGAUGCUCGGCCCCUCCAUCGUGUCGGGCAUGUCCGGCGAAUCCGAGCGUGGGAUACGGGAUAAAUUCGACGAAGCAAAACGCCAAGCACCCUGCAUCAUCUUCAUCGAUGAAAUUGAUGCCAUUGCGCCUAAGAGAGACACUAGUCAAAGUCAGAUGGAGAAGCGCAUUGUGGCGCAACUUCUUGUCUCAAUGGAUGAUUUGGGGAGCGACCCUGAAAAGCUGGUGAUCGUCUUGGCUACCACCAACCGACCUGACGCUAUUGACCCAGCAUUGAGACGCGGAGGCAGAUUUGACACAGAAAUCAAUAUUCCUGUCCCUAACGAGCAUGUUCGGAAACGCAUACUUCAGGUGCAGACUCGCAAAUCACCUCUCGCUGACGACGUGGAUUUUGACGAGUUGGCGAGGAAGACAUCGGGGUUCGUGGGAAGCGACUUACAUGAUUUGAUUGGCAAGGCAGGGACAUGGCAGCUGGAGACCCGUUUUGCGACGAUUCAAGCCUACGCGAAGACGCACCUCGCUCCCCCAGAUACCACUACAUCAACAAACGCAAGCGCCCAUCAGGACUCGCCCAUCCUCGAGGCAAAACGACUAAUCCACGCCGCCUCACUAAAAGCAGAACCGGACUAUCCGCACUCCACUUCUACCAACAGAAUAACCAUGUCCGCCUUCCUUUCCGUCCUCCCCACCAUCACGCCCUCCUCCAAACGCGAAGGCUUCGCCACCAUUCCCAACGUGUCCUGGAGCGACAUCGGCGCACUCGCCGCCAUUCGCCGUGAUCUCCAAACCGCCAUUGUGAAUCCGAUCCUUCACCCAACCCUCUACAACCAACUAGGCAUUACCGCACCUACUGGCAUUCUACUCUGGGGCCCACCAGGUUGCGGCAAGACAUUACUGGCAAAAGCCUGCGCAGCGGAAAGUCGGGCGAACUUCAUCUCCAUCAAGGGACCGGAGUUGCUGACGAAGUAUCUUGGCGACUCGGAGGCGGCUGUUCGCCGAGUCUUCGCCCGCGCGCGUUCCAGCGUCCCAUGCGUUAUCUUCUUCGACGAGCUAGAUGCGCUUGCGCCGCGGCGCGAUAGCGGCUCCUCAGGAGAAGGAGGUGGUGAGAGCAGCAGUAGUCGGAUCGUCAACACGCUCCUCACCGAACUCGACGGCCUCUCCGACCGAUCCGGCAUCUAUGUCAUCUCCGCCACCAACCGACCCGAUAUCAUCGACCCCGCCAUGCUCCGCCCCGGAAGGCUUGAGAUACCGCUGUUUGUCGACUUGCCCGAUCCUUCCGCUCGUUCCGAGAUCCUGCGUACAAUUCUUCGUUACAAACCGGUCGUCGCAGAUGAUGUCGAAGCUGUUGUAGAGUUAGGGCACGGAAAGGAGUGCGAGGGUUACUCGGGAGCGGAUCUGGAAGCGCUGGUGAGGCAGGCUGGGUAUCACGCAAUUGGGAGACUUGCGAGUAUGCUGAAUAUGGAGGAUUUCAGGGCUGCGGCUGCAAGAGUAAGGCCGAGUGUAGGGGAUAUCAAGCGGUAUUACGGCAUGAGGGAGCGGCUAGCACAGCGGUAUUGA